CUGUUUGGUUUUAAUAUUUAUUCUUGAUGGGGAAGAGAACUAUCCAUCAAUGGCGGCAACCACCUCACAUGGAAGCUCCUGUCAGCUUGCCAUAAAGAAAUGGGCUCCUAACAAUUAAAUUACGCUUCUCGUCUCUGUUCUUCUUCUUCUUCUUUUAGACCUUCUCUCAAAUGAUUGUCCAACAUAAGUUUUCUCUGCGCAGUGGCAUGUGAGCCUAGACCGCUUCUCUAAGGAAACGAUUCCCUCCCAACUUCCAUCGCUAUCAUUGCCAACGACCCAGUACGUACGGAGCUUUUCUAACGCCUCUCUCUCAUUCUAAGCCUUCUUUUUGUUCUUUCUGAAAAUUUCCCUUCUGGGAUUCAUAGCUUUCCUUAACUUCCAAUUCAAUUAUCCUCCGUCCCUUUCCUCUUUCCCAGAGAACUGGGUCGUUGAGAAUUUUAUAAUCGGAGCUCUGUUGCGAUUGAUCUCGUGCGGUUUUUGAAAGGUAUGAGCCAGAUUUACAAGCUUAGUUUCUCUCAUUGGUAACCAAUUUAUCUUGGAAUACUAAUUUUUGUCUGAGAAAAAUGAUGAAGAAUAGCUUCAUCUUCCUCGAGAUUAUAUUGUUUUUAGCAAUCAUCUGGCCGGGGGUUCUCACCGAGCCAGUUGAAGACAAGCAAGCUUUGCUGGAUUUCUUCCAUACUAUCCCCCACUCGCCUUCUCUCAAUUGGAAUGAGAAUAGUUCUGUGUGCAAUUCCUGGACGGGAGUGUUUUGCAACUCUGAUGAGUCCAGAGUAGUAGCCCUACGAUUACCCGGCAAUGGUCUGCUCGGCCCUAUCCCUGUGAAUACUCUUAGCCGCCUAUCUGCGCUGGAGACUCUAAGCCUUAGGUUGAAUAGGAUAACAGGAUCUUUCCCUUCUGAUUUUUCGAAGCUACAAAACUUGAGUUCCCUGUAUCUGCAAUACAACGAGUUUUCUGGUCCUUUGCCUUUAGAUUUUUCAAUUUGGAAUAACCUUAGUGUCAUUGAUCUAUCCAACAAUCUCUUUAAUGGGAGUAUUCCUUCCUCUAUCUCAAAAUUGAGUCAUUUGACAGUUCUGAAUCUUGCAAACAACUCGUUUACAGGCGAAAUUCCGGACCUCGAUAUUCCGAGUUUGCAACGGUUAGAUCUGUCUAAUAAUAAUCUUACUGGAAAUGUGCCUCAUUCUCUUCAACGAUUUCCGAGUUGGGUGUUUGUCGGCAACAAUGUUACUGCAGAACAUGUUGCCAUUCCCCCAUCUAUUCCCCUCCAGCCUCCCAGUACUCAACCGACAAGAAAAGACAAAGGGCUAAGUGAAUCUGCAAUACUUGGUAUUGCAAUUGGUGGUUCUGUUAUUGGGUUUCUUUUGCUAGUUGUUCUGUUGACUGCUUGUUGGUUGAAAAAAGGAAAAGAACUGAGUUCUUCCAUGGAGACCAAAAAGAAGGAAACAUUUGUGAUGAAAAGGGGUUUUGAGAGCCAAGAACAAAAGAACAACCUUAAUUUCUUUCAGGAUUCUAAUCUUGCAUUUGACUUGGAAGACCUGUUGAGAGCAUCGGCUGAGGUUCUUGGGAAGGGAACGUUCGGCGUGAGCUACAAGGCAGCUUUGGAGGACUCGACGACCGUGGUAGUGAAGAGGCUGAAUCAGGUGAAUGUUGGAAAGCGAGAAUUUGAACAGCAGAUGGAGUUGAUUGGAAAAAUUAAGCACGAGAACGUCGUUUCUUUACGAGCAUACUAUUAUUCCAAGGAUGAGAAGCUUACAGUCUAUGACUACUAUGGACAAGGGAGCGUGUCUGCAAUGUUACACAGUAAAGAAGGAGAUGGUUUACGUGCGUUAGAUUGGGAUACUCGGAUGAAGAUUGCGAUUGGAGCAGCUCGAGGUCUUGCUCAUAUUCACACAGAAAAUGGUGGAAAAAGUUGCCAUGGAAACAUCAGAGCCUCAAACAUUUUCCUCAACACUAACGGAUACGGCUGUGUAUCCGACGUCGGGUUGGCUGCAUUGAUGAACUCAACUCCAGUACCAGCCACAAGAACUCCUGGUUACCGAGCGCCUGAAUUGACCGACAGUCGUAGAGUAUCGGAAGCAGCUGAUGUGUACAGUUUUGGGGUGGUGCUGCUGGAGCUUCUGACUGGAAAGUCCCCCAUACACGUUGAAGGUUGUAAUGAAGUUGUUAAUUUGGUGAGAUGGGUGAACUCUGUGGUGAGGGAGGAAUGGACAGCAGAAGUGUUCGAUGUGGAGCUUCUCAAGUAUCCAAAUAUAGAAGAAGAAAUGGUAGAGAUGCUGCAAAUUGGGUUGUCUUGUGUUGCCAAAAUGCCAGAGCAGAGGCCGAAAAUGAUGGAUAUCGCGUCGAGAAUCGAGCAAGUUCGGCAACUGAGUACCGGAACCCGACCAUCGACUGGGUCGAAAUCAGCGUAUUCGACUCCAGUUCAUGUAAUGGAAAUCGGCUCGUCCUCACAUUUACAUUGAAAUUUCUCAUCAUCAUCUUUGUUGUGUUAUGCUGGUGGUUUCAGUACAUAGGUUGUUCUUUUGGCCUUCUGAUUUGUAUUCAUUGAAACUAGUUGAAUUGGGGUUAGCUUAAUUUUCCUUUUUAUUCCUAAAAAAAGUGAAUUACUUUUUCAUUCCCAUGUCUGUAUCAAUCUUAAUUGACUGAAAAGAUUUUAAAG